GCCGUUAUGGACUCACUACUCUCAUAGCUUGCUUGUCAUAAUACUGUAAAAGUUGCGCGACAGCAAGCACAGGUACAAACUGUUCACCGGAGCGUUAGCUGGGCUUUGGAUAACGGUGCUGUAAAUGUCUCGCCAUUUCUUUGGAUUAAACUUUGUAUCGCGUUUCUUCACAAAAUGAGACAAUUGCUUUUUGUACUUGCAGUCUAUUUUGUCGGCGCAUCCUUGUGCCCCGAUGAAACGUUUAAGUGCACGACUGGAGAAUGCCUUGCUGCUGGACUCGUGUGUGAUUUCAAGAAAGACUGCAAGGAUGGUUCAGAUGAGGUCUUUUGCGGCUCAUGCAAUUUUGAGGAUCACUCGUGUGGUUGGAACAGCACCACCAAGUACACUUGGACGAGGCAGUGGGCAAACGUCACCUCGAUACCCGGACAGGACCAUACUUCAGGGAGCCCUUGGGGGUAUGUCAUGUAUAUUGACAGCAAACAAAAGUGUGGUUUAACUUCCAAGGCAGUUUUGGAAUACUCCGUUGAGAAAAGGGCAGCUGUGGGGUGCCAGCUCAGCUUCUGGUACCACAUUCAUGAUGAAAGCUCAUCCACAUCAUCCUCACGCAUUAACGUAAUCAUGGUUCGAGAGAUGGACACGCACGAACUGCUGAACACUGAGAGUACGACAAAGGGCUGGCAGAAUGCCCAGACUGUCAUCGGAAAUCAACCCGGAGGGUACAAGCUCCAGUUUUCCUUCAGUUGUCCUUUCUUUGCAUCCCCUAACGUGAUGCUGGAUGACAUCAGCUUCGAUAAGUGUGCAGAGGGAGACAUUCCUGCUGGAUCCGAGCAGCUCUCCUGCCAUUUUGAAGAGGACACCUGUUCCUGGUACCACGACUACACUGCUAGCAUCCUGUGGCAACGGGUGUCAGGGGGAUUCCUAUACCCCCAGGGCAAUGGCUACUACAUGCUCAUAUCCAGCAAACGUGACCUUAACAUCUCAUCUUCAGCGAGACUGGUCGGCUUUGCUGUGGGGCGAGUCAUUUGUGUGAGCUUUCACUACCACAUUUUUGGCAACAGCAUUGGUUCAUUGAAGUUCAUUGUUAAACGCCAUGGUGAAGCAGAGGACAUUGUGUGGAUAAGGAGUGGUACUCAGGGAAACAAAUGGAGAUUUGCUGAUCUCGCCUUCUCCAGCGAAGAACCAAUACAGUUCAUCAUUGAAGCUGUGGUGGGUGGUGAGCAAGGGACCAUCUCCAUAGACGACAUCGUCGUGUCUAUUAGGGAGAGUGGCUCAUGUCCAGCCGAGCGUGAGUGCACCUUCCAGGGCUCCCUCUGUGGUCUGCAGCACGUCCCGUCUGCGGACUUCAGCUGGAGUCGAAUCAACGGGACAUCCCAGCCUGCCAACUCCUCGGGCCCCCACACAGAUCACACCCUGGAAACUGAGCACGGCUAUUACCUCAGCGCUCAGUUGUGGAGACACUUGCCAGGCUCCAGAGGCCAAAUAGUGACUGCACUGAUGGAGUCCGCCCCAGCUGACGGUGAAUGCUUAAUGUUCUGGUACUACAUGGAGGGAAAAGAUGUGGGCCACCUCAAUGUUUACCUUUUGACUGCUGACACUUCUGACAAGCUGUGGAGCAGAAGCGGAGAUCAGGGAAGCCGCUGGCGUCACGGACGAGUUUCCCUUCUUAGCCCUGAUACUCCUUAUCAGGUGAUGUUUGAAGCAGUGGCAGGCGAUUGGCCGAGGAGCGAUAUUGCCAUUGAUGACAUGACUAUUCAGAAUGGGGCGUGUCCUCCAGAAGGUUUUUGUGACUUUGAAAUGGACCUUUGCGGUUGGGUGAAUAACCCUCCAGCCGAGUCAGGGAUCGACUGGGACUGGCUUUCCAGAAGCACUGGAAGCCCCAUAGACACUUUUGCCCCAGAUAUGGACCACUCCACAAUGUCCUCUCUUGGCCACUUUGUCUUCUUUAGGUCCUUGGAGUCUGACAAAGUGGAAGUGGCUCGACUGGAGAGCGAGUGGUUAGGGAGUGUCGACCAAGCUUGUCUUGAGCUCUGGCACUGGGCCGAAGGCUGGGGUGACGAGAAACCAUCAGAUGUUACGCUGACUGUAUUUGUGAACGAGACCUCUGGCCUGCGUCAAAUUUGGAACACAAGAGGAUUCCUCAAUUCCACAUGGAUCCAAGACAAGGUUGAUUACAGUGCAUCGGGGCCUCACCAGAUUAUCUUGCAAGCCAGCAGUCUAAGCUCACAUUCAGGCUUUUCCCUUGAUGAUGUCCACAUCAUAAGGAACAAGUCAUGUCAUGAUGUUAUCCCCACCACCACCCCGAAUCCUGCCACCCCCACGACCGCUACUCCAGAGUCUGGGGUGCACUGCACUUUUGAACAAGAUCUGUGUAACUGGUUCCAAGAGGUCAACGAUGAUUUCAACUGGACCCUCAGUAGAGGACUGGAAGUGGACGAGCCAUGGAACGGGCCUCUGUACGAUCACACUGUAGGAAAUAACCAAGGAUUUUAUUUACUUAUAAAUGGCUCUGGAUUCAGUGAAGGUGAGAGGGCAAGCAUCUCUGCUGACGUCAGCCAUUCGACAUCACAAAUCUGUCUUGGGUUCUGGUAUUACAUGUUGGGGCCAUCGGUGUCCACCAUUGAUCUGCUGGUUGAGAGAAAAUCCUCCAAAGAGUUGGUUUGGACUCGCAGAGGGACGCAGAAUCCAGAAUGGAUCAAUGCACAAGUAACCAUCAACUUGGAGGAAAUGAGACGGGUGAUCUUCACCGGUCAGAGAAACAGUAACAGUGAGGGAUUUCUUGCGCUUGAUGACAUCACUGUGAGCAAUGGGGCCUGCAAGAAGCAGAGUGUCUGCGGGUUUGAUUCUGGCUGGUGCGGAUUUGAGAAAGACGUUGGUCACGUGGGUCAGUGGAGCCGUGAAAGAGGCACAAAAGACAACAUGGAUCACACCUAUGGAACCGAGAAUGGUUACUAUAUGACUGUAUUAAAGUCCAAUUCUGAACAACUUGAAGUCGCUCAGCUGUUUUCACCUAACUACAACUCGCCUGUGGAGAUGUGCGCGCGGUUCUGGUACCGAUUGCCCGCUGGAGCAUCAAACAUGCUGUCUGUCCAUGUGUGGAGCAGCGAACUGGGUAAGGCCCUUUGGCAGCGGUCUGGAGCUCCCUCUUCGAUCUGGGAGGUGGCAGCGGUCACAGUGUUUUGGCCAACAAAGUUCAAGGUGGUGUUUAGGGCAUCCCAUGAAGCAGGCAUGAAUUCCACAGUCCAACUAGAUGAUUUUUCUGUGACGAAAGGAGCCUGCAAUCCCAUGGCCAACUGUGACUUUGAAUCAGGACCCUGCAACUGGCUCAACAUGCCCACUGAAGACGGACACAGCUGGGUGCUGGCCAAAGGGGGCUUUCAUGGUCCACCUGCGGACCACACCAUUGAAUCGCCAGAAGGUCAUUUCUUGUUGAGCUUAUCACCACACACAACCGGUCGCAGUGUGGCUCAGAUAGCAUCCGAAUGGAUCCAACUCAAAGACGCCCCGGCCUGCCUCACCCUAUGGUACCAUAUGGAUAGCGGUGAGCCUGGGACCUUGCGUGUGCUGAUUCGCUCAGAGCUGCCCGAGGACGAGGUAAUCUUCCAGAUAAACAGCAGCAGUGGACACAAAUGGAAGAGCUUCUCUCAAAGUUUAAAGCAGAGCAAACCUUUCUGGUUACUGAUCGAAGCAGAGACGAACAAAGGAGGCUUCUUUGCCAUCGACGACAUCGGUCUCACACCAGGUCCUUGUCAAGUGAAUGAAACAAUUUCGAUGUUCGUGGGCUGCACGUUUGAAAACGACACAUGCGGAUGGGAGGACGUCAGUGUUGGCCAGGGUCAGUGGGAAAGAGGAAGGAACGCCACUGGGAACGCUGGACCGUCUGUCGAUCACACAUUGGGCACAGCGCUUGGCUGGUACGUCUCGGUGAUCCCGUACAACGGUGACCACAUAAGCCCUGCUGCCUUGAAGAGUCCCGUCAUGAAACAGGCCAGCGCCGCCUGCACACUCAAUUUCUACUACAACAUGUAUGGAGAAGAGUUGAAGGUGCUACUCAGCGAGAGCUCUCGUACCACCGUCCUGUGGUGGCAGUCGGGCAGCGGUGCCGAUUCGUGGCAGGUCGGUGAGGUAACAGUCGGUAGAAGGCGUCAAGACUUCACCGUCCUCUUUGAAGCCACCCGCGCUUUCGUGAAGCCAGGCCACGUCGCCGUCGAUGACAUUAACUUCACCAGCUGCAACCUGCCAGAGCCCCAACCUGUGUGCCACGAAAAUAUGUUCACAUGCAAUAACAGCGUGUGCGUGGAGAAGAACCGAGUGUGUGACUUCACAGAUGACUGCGGCGAUUGGACUGAUGAGAGCAACUGUGAGCAACAAGGUGUGACUGAGCGCUGCAGCUUCGAACAAGGCCUGUGCUCUUGGACUGAAAGCAACUUGGACGAACCUGGAGCCAGAUGGACCCGACGAAAAGGUCAAGAUGCUUGGCCUCAAGCUGGACCCCCCAGGGAUCACACCCUCAACAAUGCUGCGGGUAACUAUAUAACUCCAGGGACUCACCUUACAGAGAGGGGGCAGAUAGUUGAGAUUCUCUCCAAAACAUUACUUCCUAGCAGCAAUUGCACGAUCAGAUUCUUCUACUACAGCCUGCAAGACGCCGCAGGAAAACUCUCAACGCAGUCCAGGAUGUUCCGCUCCGGUACCGACGACGUCGUGUUGUGGCUCAGGACAACCUUGCACAGCUACAACUGGCAGAGGGCAGACGUAAUUUUCUCCUCCUCUGUCAAGUGCAAGAUUGUGUUUAGGUACGAGCUAGGCACUGGGAACACAGGGCACGUUGCGUUGGACGACGUGUCCUUCUCCAAGGAGUGUGCCUUUGACCCUCACAAUAGCCCACUGCCUGACACAUCGCCCACUUCGGCCUCCCCGACCACACCUGCAACCUCUUCUGCACCCACCAGCCCGUGUCAAGAUAAUGAGUUCUUUUGUUGGCGCUCAGCAGGAGAAAUGUGUAUCCUUUCCAUGUUAAAGUGUGAUUAUCGCCUCGACUGUCCCAAGGGGGAGGAUGAGGAUGGCUGCGGUCCGUGCACGUUCGAGAGGGACCAAUGCGGCUGGACGGACCUUGGUCAGUCGCAGAGGACGUGGCGCAGGCAGAAGGCCGGCGGCAGCGCUCGGCCGCCCACCGAUCACACCAACCACACAGGCUUCUACAUGAGCGUCAACUCUAGUCAGGCGUCUGUGCCGAGCGAGGCCCGACUCCAGAGCUCCCGUCUCCCGCCCUCGUCGCCCUACUGCCAGAUUAUGUUUCACUUCCACAUCAGCGCCGAGUGUGCUGGCUCACUUGGAGUGCUGACGCGGCACGCCGGUGGAAGUGAAGCAAUCCUGUGGUCACGCAGCCGCAACACCGUCCCCCACUGGAUGCCCGAAUCUCUGCCCCUGGGGCCUCACCUGCAGUCGUACGAGGUUAUGUUCAGUAGCUGGAAUAAUGGAACUCGAGGAGACACCGCCGCCGCGACUGACGCUUGCGUUGUCGCUGUGGACGACAUCUCCUUUCUCAACUGCCACCAGUCCUUCCGUCCUCCAGCCCUCUCCGUUUUCGGUUGCGCUUUUGAAGAAGGCCUUUGCGUUUGGACGCAGGGGGCCGACGACCAGCUGGACUGGCUCACUAGGUCGGGUCCGACGGACACACCCAACACCGGGCCUGCAGGCGACCGCACGACGGGAAAAGGGAACUACAUCUACAUAGAGGGCUCCCUUCCAAGUGCAAAGUGUGACGUUGCCCAGCUCAAGUCUGCACUGCUGCCACCUGCAGUUCAACAGGGAUACUGUCUCAUGUUUUGGUACCACAUGUUUGGAGCCACUGUGGGUUCUUUACGAGUGUUCCUACUGACGGCUGAGUCAAUGGAGAAAACUCUGGUGUGGCAAAAAUCAGGAAACCAAGGGGAUGAGUGGCAUGUGGCGCAGAGUCACGUGACCCUGCAGCGUGUCCACCAGGUGAUCGUGGAGGCCAGCGUGGGAGGCGAGGCGGGCGACAUUGCCAUCGAUGACAUCUCGCUUCUCUCCGGCGCAUGCCCCGCCUCUGAUGUAUGUGAUUUCGAGGAGGGAAGCUGUAACUGGCAACAGCAGAGCGGCGACGAUGCCAACUGGAUCCGACACUCGAGCGCCACACCGAAUCCCAACACGGGCCCCGAUAACGACCACACUACCAACACGCCCGUGGGGCACUACUACUACCUGCCCUCCUCCAACCAGGACAUCUCUCGUCAGACCGCCUCUAUGUUGUCACCUGUUUACCCCCCAGAAAAAGGAGCUUGCGUGCAGAUGUGGUACCACAUGUACGGCAAGGGCGUUGGCACGCUGAACGUUUAUCAGCAGAGCGAAGACGGGGUACGAGCUCUGAUUUUCUCCCAGGCAGGUGACCAACGCAGCCUGUGGAGGUUCGCCCAGGCUGCGCUUCAGCCUCGGGUUCAACCAUAUAGGCUCGUGGUGGAGGGUGUGAAGGCCGGUCCGACCCAGGAGGGCGACGUGGCCUUUGAUGACGUCUACGUGUCGGACGCCAAGUGCCCCCCGCACGCCGCCUGCGACUUCGAGCUCAACAUGUGCAGCUGGAGUAAUGUUGGUGAAGGAGUGGACCAGAACGACUGGCUCCGUGGUAGGGGAGGCUCCCCGAACCCCAACACGGGACCUGACGUGGAUCACACCACAAACAUGCCAUAUGGUUACUAUCUGUACGUGGACAGCUCAGUUGGUCAGUGGGGCGACGCCUCCUUCCUAAUCAGUGAUGUGCUCCAACCGGCCACUAGAGGGCAUUGUCUUACGUUCUGGUACCACAUGUUUGGUCCUGAUGUUGGGACCCUUCGCAUCUACAUUAAUGACAGAAAAACGCACGACAGCGGUAACGAGGAAGGCAUUCAGAAGUGGGUCGAGAUUGGAAACAAGGGAGACAAGUGGCUGAAGGCCAGUGUGUUUGUUGAGCACCACAGUGCAUUCUGGUAUGUGUUUGUGUAUCAGAGGGGGGAGAUCGCAGGUGGGGACGUUGCCCUGGAUGACAUCACCGUGCUCCGUGGACCCUGCUACACCGAGCCCACCGUUGACCCUGUCGAUAAUAACACCGAUAUGUUGUCUUUGGGCCUCGCUGUGGGUCUGACUCUCCUUGCUGGAGUGGCCAUCUUGAUCUUCCUUAUUAGAUUGAACUUGAAGCAUUGUGUAAAGAGCGGGUCAUCUGGGACGAGCAACAAUGUUCUCGGUCAGAACUCCGUGUUUGACCUCUUUGACUGCAGAAUAAAUAUUGGAGCAUUUUGUCCUUUUUCUUAUUCAUCAAAUAAAGAACCCCUGAAUUGUCUUUUAAAUUACUUCCACGCAUCCAUUUUCAAUACCAGUGGCUCUCAACUGUUAGGUUGGGACUCAUCCAUCCAUCCAUUUUCUUUACCGCUUAUCCUCACUAGUAGAGAUCGACCGAUUAUCGGCACCGAUAUUUGGAGUUUUUACAUAUAUCGGCAUCAGUAUCUUUUUAAAUCUGACGUGCCGCUAUCAAGAAAUGAAUUUAAAACUGGGUUAUUUCGGCUCAGAUGUAGCCACGCUUCUCUCUCUCUCUCCUGACAUUUCUGUCCACCCACGGCGCCAUCUGAUGGGUUAAGCAGCCACAGCACGAGUGAAGCGGAAGCACACACCGAAGCGAGCAAAACCCAAUGCGUCGCAGGUAAACGCAGAAAACUCUCGCAAAAUUGUAAUAAGCAUCCCAGUGUUCUACAUCACACAACUACCACUAACAUUACAGUGAGCAGCAGAGUAACGUAAGAGUGGAGUAAACAUUAGCGGCAGCUCUGCUAGCUCGGAGUAUCCCCCGACAUGACUGAGAAUUACUUGAAAGAAGGCUGCUGAUAAUAUCGUGUGUUAUGUUGAGAAUAGUAUGAGUCUGCGUGAAAGACAUUAAAAACUCUACAACUCACGACUACAAACGUUGCUUUGAGCUUUCAGAUCCUAUGAUCUGAAAAUUAAAGUGAAGAUGAGCUUCUAUCGGCUAUUUAGUGUUUUAACAGUUGGUUUAAUCUCUUGCAACAAGGCUGCUGAUAAUAUUGAUAUAGAAAUAGUGACAGCAGUAAGAAGUAUAUGUGUGAGAAAGUAAUAUUCAGUGAUUUAUCAGAACUAAAUGGUGGAACAUUUUAAAUACUGUGUGAGCUCAUUCAAGCCCUAAAGGCUGUUUGUGUUCUGUCAGGAGUUUUAUUGCACUCAUAGCAUCUAUUAUGCUUUUUAUGUAGAUUUUGUCAUAUUAAUCAUUGCUAAUGUAGCAGCCUAGUUUUAAAUGACAGGGUCCCUGCUAUUGCAUGGUAAAAUAUAAAAUUUAAUAAUGGAAUCAACUUUAGGCUACUCGAAUGCUGUAAUAAAUUAAGCAUUAAGCAGUUGAGCGUAUGUCAGCAUGUGGCCCACCUUUAACACUUUCUCUUUUUUUUUUCUUUUGAAACCCUUGUUGCAGAUCAAUGGACCAAAGUCUAAAAGCGCAGUCUGGCAGUAUUUCAAUCAGCCAACAACACCAGAGAAGGCUGUGUGCAAAACAUGCAAUGAUGAAGUCAGCAUGGGCGCAACCAUAGCAAGAUAUUUGUAUUUCCAUUUCCAUCCAUUUUCUGAGCCGCUUCUCCUCACAAGGGUCGCGGGAGUGCAGGAGCCAAUCCCAGCUAUCAUCGGGCAGGAGGCGGGGUACACCCUGAACCGGUUGCCACCCGAUCGCAGGGCACAUAGAAACAAACAACCAUUCGCACUCACAAUCACACUUACGGGCAAUUUAGAGUUUUCAAUCAACCUACCAUGCAUGUUUUUGGGAGUGCCCGGAGAAAAUCCACGCAGGCACGGGGAGAACAUGCAAACUCCACACAGGCGGGGUCGGGGAUUGAACCCCGGGCCUCAGAACUGUGAGGCAGACGCUCUAACCAGUCGCUCACCGUGCCGCCAUAUUUGUAUUUGGUUUUGGUUAAAUAAACAUGCAUAAGGCAUUUGAACGAA